UUUAUUGCCUUUCAAUUUUCUUGUUAAAUUUAAUUUUGUUCAACAAAGCAAAUUAAUUGAGAGCAACAUUGAACUAUUAAGAUUCGUGUCACUCCUAAUAUUAAUCAAAAUCUAAUUGAUUAUCUAUUUGACUUCAAUGGAUUAAACCAGCUGAUCUUUAACUUUCUCUCUUUAGCUUUAACGCUCAUAACAAAUUUAAUGGUUUAUAUAAUCAAGUGGUCAUUACAAUUUUUGACUUUAAUUGUGUCGAUUAUUCGAAAAUAAACCGGUCCAAUGUUCGUCCGUGAACCAAUAGUGUGUUCAAUAAGAUACUCGAUAAUAUUGAAACAGUAAUCUCAUUAAUAGAAAGUGGUAAAUAGCCGUAAGCUAGUUGAUCAGCAACCUGUGUAAGCGCUUUGAAACCGGUUCGGAUGACGAAAAUAAACUUGGUAAUCAACAUAAUCAACCUGAGUUUUCUGCUAUUCCAACUUGUCCCCUGUUGACGGUUACGAUCUGUUGCCUCUUCAAGUUUCUUCCUCUCAUCAUAAUCAAAUCACUAUCUCUCUCACUCACCGUAAACUUACCUUAAAACUCAUAGUCUGAUCUUUUCAAUACAAGUUCAAACUUUGAUCAGUUCAGUUCAACUCUUUCACUUUAAAUUAUCUUUCACAGUUAUCUUGUCAUUUGCAAUUCUCGCUAUUCAAUACUAACUUGUGUGUGUCAACUGUCACCUGUGAUAAUCUUUAUACAAAAAUGGUUCCUGAUCUACUCACCUCUGAAUCCGAAGUGAUUAAAUUUUACAAUGGGAAAAGUGUCUUUAUCACUGGAGCUUCUGGUUUCAUCGGAAAGGCUGUGAUUUAUAAAUUAUUGAAAGUCUGCCCUGACAUUGGCAACAUUUACAUUUUAUUAAGAGGGAAGCGUGGACUUACAAGUGACCAACGAGUGGUCAAAGUAUUGGAAAAUAAUUGUUUUGAUGAAUUUCGCACAACAAACCCUGAUUUGUUGAAAAAAAUUAAACCCAUUGCCGGUGAUAUCUGUUUAGAUGGACUAGGAAUUUCUCAGGAAAAACUUGAAUUGUUGCAAAGUGAAGUGUCAGUGGUUAUUCAUUCAGCAGCAACUGUUAGGUUCAAUGAAAUAUUGAGAGAGGCCGUAAAUAUCAAUAUACUGGGAACUCGUCGCAUGUUGACAUUGGCCAAAUCUUUACCUAAAAUUGAGGCUUUUGUCCAUGUCUCAACCAGCUAUGGUAACUGUAACCUUAAAUCCAUAGAUGAAAAAGUCUAUCCACAAAAAAUCAGUCCUCAACACUUGAUUGAUCUAGUUGAGUGGAUGUCAGAUGAUAUUAUUGAGGAUAUUUUACCCAAGCUUUUAGAUGGUCGACCAAAUACUUAUACUUUAACCAAAUCAUUGGCUGAAACACUGAUUACUGAAGAGUCUGGUAAUUUACCGAUUGCCAUACUGCGACCAUCGAUAGUAACUUCAGCUUUCCAGGAACCUUUUACGGGAUGGAUUGACAAUAUUAACAAUGUUGCUGGAAUCUCAUUUGCUAUUCUUAAGGGAAUGGUUCGUACUAUGAUUGGAAAUCCUGAUGCAUUGUUUGAUUUGAUUCCUGUUGAUAUGGUUGUUAAUAUGAUCAUUGUAACUGCUUGGAGUUUAGUCAACCAGCCAAUCAAUCCAAUUCCGAUUAUCCAUUGUACUUCAGGAGCUCAAAAUCCAUUGACAAUUAGAAACUUUGCUCGUUACCUUAUUGACUCUAUCCAAUUAUAUCCUGAUCCAAUGGCUGUUCGAGCUCCACAAUUUGUAUUGACUGGAUCAAGUAUGCUUAAAAAUUGGAUACAAAUCGUUGACCAAUACCUUCCCUGUGUCUUUCUGGAUGGUGUCCUUUGUUUACGUGGAGACAAACCAAUGUUGGUGAAAAGCUGCUCAAAGCUAAACAAGGUGGUUUCAUCGUUUGAAUUUUUCACAUCUAAUGGAUGGUCUUUCGAGUCAACAAACAUGAUUAAGCUGCAAAAAAGUCUCAAUCCAAUCGAUCAAAAGAUAUUUUAUUUUGAUGUUAAGCCAAUUGAUUGGCCAUCCUAUUGUGAUCAAAUAAUCAUUGGUCUGAGGAAAUAUGCAUUAAAGGAUAAACUCACAAUAAGUGAUGCUAGGAGCAAAAAUCAAAGGAAACUCUUAUUGGAAAGAGCAUGUAAGAUAACAAUCAGUGCGAUUUGCUUGACUUUCUUCGCGAAAAGUUCAGUCGAUUUUCUUUACUACUUUAAUUAACUGUUCUUGGAAUGGAUCAAAAACACAUUUUGUAUAUUAUAAUAUAUUAUUAGUAAAUCUGUUUGACUUCUUUCUGAGUUCAUCAAGAUAUCUGUCUAACUUGUUAACUAUGAAAGGACGUUUCCUCAUAUAAUGUAAAAAUAAAGGUUGAAUGUCGAUCGAUUAAUUUGAUCAUCUUUGUUAUCGCCUAUUCACCAGUGGCAAUUAAUGUAUAUUCAAGGUGAAGUUUGCUCAACACACAAAUGGAAUCAACCUAAAAAUAAUUUUGAUCACUUUAUGAAUCCAAGAACCUGAUCAAAUUGGAUGUAAAAAGACGCAUAAACAAUUAUUAAGAAUUAUUAAUAUUAAAAUUAAAACUUUCCCUGAUUACAAUAAGGGUAACAACAUGAUAA